CCUAAGCAGGAGGCCUGCCCCUCCUCCCUGGCUCAAGGAAACAGGAAAAGGUGGCCCUGAGAGGCAGCAGUGAGCAGGUCUGAAGUGCAGCGGUGGCUUGGUAGCCUGCACCCCACUAGGAUGGGCUCUCUCUGGGGUCUGGCUCUGCCCCUUCUCUUCUGCUGGGACACUGGCCUGUCUGGGAGCUCUGCAGGCCCACACACUGGCAGACCAGAUACCUGGGUGACAGCAGAUGACAUAGAAGUGCCUACAGUGACUGCAGGGCCCAGGGUAAGCUCAGAGGAACCCUUUCAGACCCCUGACCUCACUAAGACCCCCUUUUCUUUGGAAACUCAAACUCUGAACACCAAGACUUUUUCUAGGUUCUUAAUCCCAGACAGCAUCAUUCCAGAAGCAGGGACCAGGGAAAGCAAGACUGUGUCCCCUGCAACAGAGACCACGACCAUCACAAAAAUAACUCCUCCCAAGUUCAUGGUUGUGAUCACUGCUCCUAUGGAGAUGUCAGCCACAAGUGGCAGCUCUGAGGGAACUGGGAUGACCACAGUUCAGAGUGUCACAGGCAGUGACCCUGUGGAAGCCAUCUUUGAUACCCUUUGUACCAACGACAGCUCUGAAGAGGCAAAGAGGGUCACAGUUAACAUCUUGACAUUGGCUCACACCUCCAGAGAAGCUGAGGGCUUAUCCUCAGAGAGCAGCUCCUCCUCCGACAGCUCAGGUCCAGUGCUCUCCACCUCACAAGCCCUGGCACCAGCUAAAGGCUUGGUUACCUACACCAUCACCCACAUUGAGGUUACCAACUGCACUGUUACAGAAAUAGAAACAAUAGCCACCAUCUCUGGGAUCUCAGACAUAGGUCAUAGCCCCCCAGAAGGGGCUAAGGCCUUGUCCACCUCUGAUAUAUCAGCUUUGCUAGACUCCACCGAGGUAAAAUCAUACAUCACCAAGUCUACAACCUCUGCUGAGACCUUGUCAACAGUCAGUGCCACUGAGUCAGCCGCACCUGAUGCCACUAUUGGGACCCCACCUCUUACCAGUGGCACCACAGAAAGAGAAACAACAGCAGACAAGGCCACUUCCCUCACUGGAACUUUGGUGACAGUUAGCAUGGACCCCUUGGGAGAAACCUCAGCCCUCUCUUUAGAGACACCAAGCCACAUCGAAGUCUCAGAAGCAGUCACAGUCCCCACAGAGGCUUGGUCAACAGUGGGCAAAGUGACUUCCUCUUCUGGGUCCUCAGCUUCAGUCUACAGCCCAUCAGAAAUAGCCACCAUCAAGAGUUCCACUCCUGCAGAGAUGCCUGUCACAGACAGUACAACCAAUGGGCUCCUUCCCACCAGUAGGAGCCCUCUUCCUUCUAUAUGUCUGGCCACAGGUAGCAGCAGCCAAAGAACAAACAUUGCCUCAGCCAAGGUCACAACCUCAGCAAAGACCACGGAAAAGCCCCCAACAGCCACAGCCACCAGUGCUCAGGUACAGCGUAACACAACAGUCCUAGCAAAUGGAGAUGGAGGCUUCCUCCUCCUGCAGCUGAGUGUGGCCUCCCCCGAAGACCUCACUGACCCCAGAGUGGCAGAGAGGUUCAUGUGGCAGCUUCGACGUAACCUGCACGCCCACCUGCCUCCCAUCCGAGUCUCCUUACUGCGCGUCAGGAGGGUCUAAAGGAAUAUCAGCUGCUUCCAGGCAGGUCUCAUCUGCUGAAAGAGCGACAGUGCUGCCUGGGCCCGACCAACAGGCGGGAGCCACAUUACCAUGCUGAGAGGUACCUGGCAGAGUCCCAGGAAGGGCAGCUGGCUCAAGCUCCCUACCCCAGAUGUGGCAAUAGGACCCUGUCUCACGUAUGCCUGAGUGAGUGUGUGUGAGGAGGGGGUCUUCCCCUGUUCCCAAAAGUGUCCGUGGACUUCCUUGGACUUCCUUGGCACACGGGCUGUCUUCCAGUAAAGGCAGCCCUAGCCAGCCAUCUGUGUGCUCCCAACCUUGUGUCCUCAGUGUGGCCCACAGGGUGUCUUUUGACCUGUAUGCUUUCAACAUUUCUAUAGGGAUUUUGUGUAUCCAUAAGGCUACCACCCUCCGUCCCACUCCCCCGUUCUUGGUUUGGAUGUUGGUGAUGGCACCCACUGAGGCCAGCCUCAGAGCAUGUUGAACACUGAGCUCCUUCAGUACAGGACCGUGUUCGUCUUCUCAGUAUCCUCAGAGCCUGGCGAGCACCUGGCUGAGGUAGGAUCACAGAGAAUAUUUGCUGAGUUGACUUGAAUUUCAAGCUCUGGAUGUAAACAGAUUUCAAAGGAAGUCUGCCAUUGUCAAUGAUUCCUUCCAUAACUCUUAACUCACAUGUUAUUGUUUUAAUUAAACAAGCUUUGUUGGUUUUUUUCUAUUGUAAAACUUGCUUAUGAUUUUAAAAUUUUGAAAAAUUCAAAAAGACCAAGCGAAAAAAGAAGUGGGAAGAAGAAGGAAACAGAAAGAAAGACAUCUUAAAAAUUCUCUAGUGCUGAGAAUAGUGCCUAGCACAUAAAGGGUGCUCAGUGAAUAUUUUAAAUGAAUGAAGAAAAUAAUGAAACAAUGUUGAUGUUUCUCUGAAUAAGGGAGGUAAGAAUAUUCAACUGACUCCCUUCUAUUUCCAGAGAGGGGAAGAAUGAGUUUCAUAAAGUAGUUUGGAUAAAAACAACUCAAACAUUCCUCCUGACACGCCCACUGCAGACAGAGACUAUGCCUUGUGGGGUGGGGACUCAAAGAUGUCUCUUCCUACAACGUUAGAGUUAGUAGGGAAAGUCAAACAUCUACAAAACUAACAAACUGAAAGAGCUUAUUUACACUACAUACAGCAAAAACAGAAUCCCCUUAACACACAAAGAACUCUUACCAGGCAAUAAAAAGACAAACACACCAGCAGAAAAAUGGAUAGACGUUAACAGGCAAUUCACAAAAGGAAGCAUACAAUUGUCCUCCCCCACCACAAUGAAAAAGAAAGCUCAACUUCACUAGCAAAAAAACAUAAUUCAGUAUAGCAAGAGAAUACUUAUUGUGUGUCAAAUAGGUAAAGAUUCAUAAAAAUUAUAAUAUCUGUACUGAUCUGUGCAGGGUGCUGGGGAAAAGGGCAUUCUUAAAUACUACCAGUGUGAAUGAAGUUGGUUCAGUCUUCCUGGAGGACAAUUUGACUAUGUCUCUAAAGCCUUAAAAAUGUGCUCGGGAGGCUGAGGCAAGAGAAUCGCGUAAGCCCAAGAGUUAGAGGUUGCUGUGAGCCAUGUGACGCCACGGCACUCUACCCGAGGGCGGUACAGUGAGACUCUGUCUCUACAAAAAAAAAAAAGUGCCUAACGUUAAGCCAGCAAUUUUGUUCCUGGUUUAUUUAAAGAAAUAGUCAAGACUCUGCAGAAUUGUUUAUAACACUCAAUAAAAGAAAAAGACAAAUAACCUAAGAUAUCCCAAUGUAACAGUUUGAUUAAUAUAGUGUUAUUUUAUACAAACCAUAGAAGUGUUAUUAAGAUGGAAAGAAGUUUGUAAAAUAUUGUUUUGUCUUCUCAUUUUUUAAAAAAUCGUUUCCAUCCUUUUUUUUUAAUUUUUUUGAUACAGAGUCUCACUCUGGUGUCCAGGCUGGAGUAUAGCAGCAUUAGCCUCCCUCACACAACCUCAAAUUCCUGGGUUCAAUUCCUGCUCCAGCUUCCCACGUAGGUGGGACUACCAAGUGAUCCACCUGCUUCAGCUUCCCACGUAGGUGGGACUACAUGUGCCUGCCACAAUGCCUGGCUAAUUUUUUCUAUUUCUAGUAGAGACUGGGUCUUGCUCUUGCUCCAGGUGGCCUUUAGCUCCUGAGCUCAAGGGAUCCUCCUGCCUUGGCGUCCCAGAGUACUAGGAUUACAGCCACCAUGCCUAGGCACCCCCCCUUUUUUUUUGUUUUAUUUCAGACUGCCUUUCACACUAUCUCCAGAGCUUUCUUCUCUAAAAUCAAAGCGAUUCCUGUUCCUACCUACAGGAUAAAACCUCAGCAUGUAUACAAGGCCUCUGCCAACAUCCUCGAUCCCAGGUCCUUUGCUCCCAUCUCUGGCUUCCUAUGCCUCUUCCAUAGAGAGCUUCUUACUAACCCCGCUCACUCCAGCUUUGCCCCAGGGUGUCUGCACACCAUGAUUCUUCCCUUGUUGAUUCUUAGAAGCCCAGUUUAGAUGGCACCUCUUCAUGACUUUGUCAGAUCCCCUACAAAGGGACUAAUUUCUUAAUCUCUUUAUGUGCUAUAUUAUAAUUUAUUUACACAUCUUUUAAACUGUAUGUGCUUUAGGACAGGAACCAGUGUUCAUCUCUGUAGUCACAGAACCCGGCAGGGAGCCCUACACAUGAGAGUACCCACUUGUUUGCUGAACAACUGAGGUACGUGAUGGGCCGUGUGAACAGAGAGCCCUGAGAGAGGGACGCUGAACUCUGAGAGUUUAAAAAAUGGCAUUCAGUGUUGAAGUCAAACAGAAUGGAAAUCUGCUGAUAUAAAUGUUAUGAAGCUGCACUACAGUUAGACAUGAAUGGAGAACAGCUUGCAUAAACGUUAAUAACACCACAUAAUAUAAACCCAGUUCUUAGUUUUUCUUUUCUUGCUUUGUACUUCUUCAGAUUGGUGAUAUCUACACAUCUUAAUUUCUAUGUAUAAGGACAUACGUGUACAUACAAUGCUGAUUGCUGUUUUGAUCAGAAGUAAAAAGAAACUUGUGAAAUUUGACUGUUCAAAACAAAAUUGUAAAAUAUGAGAUAAACCAAUGAUAAGCAUUUGGGAAUUAAAGUGUGUAAUUAUGAUUGCAUGAGAGAGGAGAGAAGAAAGAAAAAGAGAGAGAAUGGGGUAUGUGUGUGUGAGAGAGAGUUCUACCAGAGAUCAUCAAUGUUAGCAGAAUUAGGCAGGCACGGUGGCUCAGACCUGUAAUCCUGCACUCUGGGAGGCCAAGGCAGGAUUGCUUAGCUCAGGAGUUUGAAACCAGCCUGAGCAAGAGCGAGACCCUGUCCCUAUUAAAAAAUAGCCCGGCAUUGUGGUAGGUGCUUAUAGUCUCAGCUACUCAGGAGGCUGGGGCAGGAAGAUUGGUUGAACCCAGAGUUUGAGGUUGGCUGUGAGCUAAGCUGAUGCCAUGACACUCUAGCCUGGGGCAACAGAGUGAGAUACUGCAUCGAAAGAAAAAAAAAUUUUAGCAGUUACCAAACCAGCAAGAACCAGAAGUACCUGGAGAAAAUUCUCCAGUUAUGUAAGAUUCUAAAGCUGUGUAUAUAGGAAGUGACGUGCCUCAUACUUCAUAAGAGCCAAUGCAAGUGUGCACCUAAACAAGAUGCCUAUCUAAAGUCACCUGUGACCCAGCGUGAACUCUGAGAAGGCAAAAACCCAGAGCCACGAUGAGGACAACAGGAGUGGAACUAUUCUAACCAGACUCUUCAUCCGAAGCUUCAGCCACAGCCAGUCCUUCCCUCCUCCUGGGUAAACAGGAAUGGCCUGUUUUGUUUUCACCAGUUCGUGAAAAGCAGUGAAUGGUAACAAAUUCUGUGGGUGUGCUGCACAUUUAAAUG